CACGGAGAACCUGACAGACAAUUAUGCCAGUUCUUUACCUUUGGAUCCUGCAGAGGAGUACAAGAUGGACAACAAACGACGAGGCCUCGCACUUAUCUUUAAUCAGGAGAGCUUCUCCUGGCGCACACAGUUGAAGGACAGACGUGGAACCAAUGCUGACCGGGAUAACUUGGAGAAAAGAUUGAAUAAGCUAAAUUUUGAAGUGAAGACUUACAAUGACUACAAACAGGAGAAAGUCUUCGAUAAAAUUAGGCAAGCCGCAGAGGCGGACCAUUCAGACUCAGACUGCUUUUUGCUCGUCUUCCUGAGCCACGGCGAGGAUGAUCACGUCUACGCCUACGAUGACAAGAUCAGCAUUCAGGAUAUCACAUCCCUGUUCAAAGGAAACAAGUGUAGGAGCCUUGUGGGAAAGCCAAAGAUCUUCAUAUUACAGGCAUGCCGUGGAGACAAGCAUGAUGACCCAGUGACUGCCUGUGAAGCCGGGGGCGGUGGGUUGGUGACUGAGGAGAAUGAGGUGGUGGUGGACGCCAGCGCUGUACACACCCUCCCUGCUGGGGCUGAUUUCAUCAUGUGCUACUCUGUGGCUGAAGGUUACUUUUCUCACCGGGACCCCAUCAACGGCUCCUGGUAUGUCCAGGAUCUGUGCGAGCUGCUUAAAAAGCAUGGGGACUCUCUUGAAUUCACAGAAUUACUCACGCUGGUCAACAGGAAAGUGUCGAUGAGGAGUGUUGGGAACAGUAGGGACCGUAAUGCCAUUGGGAAGAAGCAAGUACCUUGCUUUGCUUCAAUGCUCACUAAGAAGCUCUACUUCUGUCCAACAAAGUAACAGACCUUGGUCAUUUGUUCCCCAAAGAGUGAUUGUGUUUUAUUAAAUGUGCAUUCUUUUUUUGGCAAAAAGUGUAUUCACAUGAUGUCCUUAUUUCACCUUUACCCUGGAAUUGUUUAGAAAUGUCAGUCCUAGGUCCUCAGGGUUAUUAUUUGUUUAUUUCAGCUGUCCUAGUGUUUGUAGUUUUCUCAAAAAUAUA